CCAGUUACCAACUUUAAUAAGAACUGAAAACUGAAAGUGUUCUCUUCAAUCUUCAUGGCUUUUUCUCUCUGUCUCUAUCCUCAUUUGUGGCUUAGAAUCAAUAUUCCCUUCCUCUUCAGUUCUAACUUCUCUUUCUUUCUGUCUCCAAUUUAAAGAAACAUUUCUGCCAUAACUAAGAUUCUAACAAAUCAGUGACAUCACCAUCAUACACUAUUGCUAUUUCUCUGUUCUUGAAAGUCUUUCCUAAUCACUCUUUUUCUUUCCUAACUUUCUCUGCCAUUUUUGUUGUUGUCUUUGAUUUGUGCUGUUUUUGGGAAUCAAAUCCAUGAUGGGGUUCUCCCAACGAAUCUCCACUGAUACAAGGGACCAAGAUUCUCACUUCAAGAACCUCAAAGACAGAAACUUUUUGGGAAAACUGAUAUGGGACUUUGCAUUUGCAUGUGUUGCUUCGCCAUGCACUUGUAGCAGUGGAAAAAUCGAUGGCAAAGAAUUCAAAAACAUAACUUUGGAUCACAAGAAGGCUCUGUUGCUGGCAGAAUCUAAUGGGGUUGGAGCAGAAUUGCUGAACAAUGAACCGAUUAAUGAACCUCAAUCGGUUCAUUCAUCUUUCAGGUUCAGCUUCCGUUCUCAGGUUGAGCUAGAAUCCUUCAACGUGAGUUCUUCUUCUGCUGCUGCUGCUAAGGCAGCCUUGUUGAUGGUGAAUUUGGAGUGUGAGUCUCUGAAAUGGAGGACAAUGGAGCCAUUGGAGAAGAGCAUAUCCCCAGUGCCCAACACUUUGAUCAGGUUCAAUUAUCAUGAAAUUGUACAUGCUACUCGCAAUUUCUCCAAAGGUAGAGUGUUGGGAAGAGGGGCAUUGAGCUGUGUUUUUAGGGGUAAAGUUGGUAUAUUGAGGACAACUGUUGCAAUCAAAAGGUUGGACAAAGAAGACAAAGAGUGUGCCAAGGCCUUUUGCAGAGAGUUGAUGAUUGCAAGUUCUCUUCACAACACAAACAUUGUGCCUCUUUUGGGAUUUUGCAUUGAUUCAGAGGAAGGCUUGUUUUUGGUCUACAAAUUUGUUUCAGGAGGAAGCUUAGAGCAUCACUUGCAUGGGAGGAAGAAAAGUAGAGGUUCACCACUUCCAUGGUCUGUGAGAUUUAAAGUUGCAAUUGGGAUUGCAAAGGCCAUAGCUUAUUUGCAUUAUGGAACUGAAAGAUGUGUUGUUCAUAGAGAUAUUAAGCCUUCAAACAUUUUGCUUUCCUCUAAGAAAAUUCCCAAGUUAUGUGAUUUUGGACUAGCUACAUGGACUGUUGCACCUUCAGUACCUUUUCUAUGCAAAGCUGCCAAAGGAACAUUUGGUUAUUUGGCCCCUGAAUAUUUUCAACAUGGAAAGGUGUCAGAUAAGACUGAUGUUUAUGCAUUUGGAGUGGUUUUAUUAGAACUCAUAACUGGCAGGAAGCCAAUUGAAGCAAAGAGGACUCAAGGAGAAGAGAACUUGGUCUCAUGGGCUAAAGCUUUGCUACAGAAAGGGAAAUUAGCUAUUGAAAAGUUGGUUGAUCCUCAACUCCAUUAUAGCAAUUCGAGAUUCUCGAGUCAAAUAGCUCGGAUGAUCGAAGCGGCGGCUGCUUGUAUUACAUUCGAAGAAUCUAGAAGGCCCGGCAUAUACGAGAUUCUUGCGAUACUAAAAGGUGAACAAGAACUUGUUCUCUCCAGGAGGAGGAAGUCUGGUUACUACACACAGUUACAACAAAAUAAUAGUGAUUUGAAAAGUCACUUGGCUUUGGCAAUGCUUGGAGUAUCAGAGUUUGAUGAUGAUGAUGAUUAUCUUUCUUGCCGCUAAAGAACAUAACUUACCUUCAUUGUUGUCAUGGUUCCCUCUUUAGUGCUAAGGAUUAGAUAAAAACAUUUUGUUGUAAAUAGAAGAAAAAAAAAAAAGGGAG